UGUGUCACUGACUGCACCCUCUUUCCGUCUUCUCACUAACAUCAGAUCAUUUCCUGAAUGAUUUAAUUGUGGUUAAGAAGCAGCAGCCACCAGCAGAGGUAACUGACAGCUCACACUUGCCAAGCACAGAAGUUUCACUGCCAUUUCCUUGUUGGCUACAGGGGUAUCAAAUACAUCUCUAUCUAUCGUCUGGGCUGCCUCUCUUUCAGCUCCCCCAAUGCUGCUGAUCCAAAGACAAAAGAUAUUUAUAUGAAUCCUUGGGUUUAAUGGAUUGAUUCCUCUCUCUAACAAUUGCCAUAAAAAAAAGUUAUACAAACCUUCACAAUGAGGCUAUUACGAAGGCACUAUGGACCUCUUAAACUUGCGGCUGUGGGCAUAGUAUUUGUAAUAUUUGUGUUUAUUAUGCACAAAGAUGUUGGAAAUGGCAGUAAAGAAGAUCCAUGGCUUCAGAACAUUGUUCAAAAGAAAGAUCAAGUGAUAGACAUUAUGAUAGGAGCUGUAAAUAAUUUAAGGGACUCAAUGCCCAAACUGCAGAUUAAUGCCCCGGUUCAACAAAAUGAGCCUGUACAAAAAAUGAAGUCAUGCUUGCCUGGAUAUUACACAUCAGCAGAACUGAAACCUUUCAUGGAACGACCACCACAAGAUCCUAACAGCCCCGGAGCUGAUGGAAAAGCCUUUAAAAAAGAUCAGUGGACACCAGAAGAGACUAAAGAGAAAGACGAGGGAUUUAAGAAGCAUUGCUUUAACGCUUAUGCCAGUGAUAAGAUUUCCCUUCAGAGAGCGUUAGGACCUGACUCCCGACCUCCAGAGUGUAUUGAACAAAAGUUCAAGCGUUGUCCUCCACUUCCAACCACAAGCGUUAUUAUAGUGUUUCAUAAUGAAGCCUGGUCCACACUGCUCCGCACAGUAUACAGUGUUCUACAAAGCUCACCUGCAAUCCUGUUAAAGGAGGUUAUUCUGGUAGAUGAUGCUAGUGUCGAUGAAUAUUUGAAGGAGAAGUUGGACACCUAUGUAAAGGCUCUGCAGAUUGUGAAGGUUGUUCGACAACCAGAAAGAAAAGGCUUGAUCACAGCACGGUUACUGGGUGCCAGUGUUGCCACAGGAGAGGUUCUGACCUUCCUUGAUGCCCAUUGUGAAUGUUUUCAUGGAUGGCUAGAACCCCUUUUGGGUAGAAUUGCAGAAGAACCCACAGCUGUAGUGAGCCCAGAUAUAACUACUAUUGAUCUCAACAGCUUUGAAUUUUCCAAACCAAUUCAGUACGGCAAGCAACAUAGUCGUGGCAAUUUUGAUUGGAGUCUGACUUUUGGAUGGGAAGCUAUCCCAGCCCAUGAAAAAGAAAGAAGAAAGGAUGAAACAUACCCAAUCAAGUCUCCUACAUUUGCCGGGGGUCUAUUUUCAAUAUCAAAAGUCUACUUCGAGCACAUUGGUUCGUAUGAUGACCAAAUGGAAAUUUGGGGAGGAGAAAAUGUAGAAAUGUCUUUCAGGGUCUGGCAGUGUGGUGGUCAACUGGAAAUCAUCCCCUGCUCUGUGGUUGGCCAUGUUUUCCGUACAAAAAGCCCUCAUACCUUCCCCAAAGGCACACAGGUCAUCUCAAGAAACCAAGUGCGCUUGGCUGAGGUUUGGAUGGACGACUACAAGGAAAUAUACUACCGCAGGAAUCAGCAGGCUGCAAAAAUAGUUAAAGAGAAAUCCUUUGGUGAUCUGUCUCAGAGAUUGAAGCUGAAAGAGGACUUAAAAUGUAAGAACUUUUCAUGGUACCUGGAUACAAUUUACCCAGAGAUGUUCCUACCAGAUCUUUCUCCUAUAUUUUAUGGUGCGAUUAAAAAUGAAGGAUCUCAGAGUUGCCUAGAUGUUGGGGAGAGUAAUCAUGGUGGAAAGCCUCUGAUCAUGUACCCCUGCCAUGGGAUGGGAGGAAACCAGUAUUUUGAAUUCACCACUCAGAAAGAGCUUCGGCAUAACAUUGGCAAGCAGCUGUGCUUGCGUUCUAAGUAUGGGCCAGGCCAGGUAGAACUAGGUGACUGCCAGUACCGGGGUAAAGGUACAACUGUGCCUGGAAAUGAAGAAUGGUUACUAACAAAGGAGCAUUUGCUUAGAAAUAUAGGUUCCAAUAUGUGUUUAACAGCAAGAGGGGAACACCCAAGCACAACAGAAUGCAACGUUUCAGAUUUACACCAACGCUGGGGAUUCAGCUAAUCCCUGCAAAUUACAAUAGAGGCUGGGUGAUGGUAUAUCAGGUAGUUUUGCUGAAAGUGCCUUUUAAUCCACUGGAUCCUAAGGAAAAAUCGCUAAGAGACAAAAGAAGCCCUUUAUUUAUGUCGAGUCUUCCACUGCUGUGUUUACAGUUUACAACAGUGCCUUAUUGGAUGUUUCCCUUUAAAUCAAAAACCACUAGAAAUAACGCAAGAUUUUUUUUUUUAUUUUUUUUGUUAAUGUUCUGCCAUGGAUAUACCUGCACAUUAGUGUCUUCAGCCCUCAAGAGAUCUUUUGUUUUACAUGAUGUAAGAAGAACUGAGAUUGCACUACAGUGAAUUCCAAUGCAAAGAAGUCAAACAUUACACUACAAGUGUAGUUAUAAAAAUACUCUAGAUUAAUACUCACUUUUGAUAUUGUUAGAGUAAUUUAAAGGUAUUUUUACAAUGCCCUUGCUAUCACUUUUAUAUACAGUAUAUAUAUAUAUUGAGAGCCUACUAUAUAAUGAAACUCCUGCUUGAAGACACAAUUUCACUUUUAAUAAAGUGGAUUUUAAAGAGCAUUUAAUUUGCAGAUUUACAAGGCAAAUACAUCAUCCCAGAAGCUACAUUAUUGUUGCUACCCAUCUGUGCAUUUUUAUUUCUUGCUCCAGAAUAUUGCAACCAAUCUACAGCUUAGAACAUGAUCAGCGAUGUAGCAUUUGAAGGGAACUAUUGAACAGUUAAUACACUAGAGCAAAAAACUGGGAUUACUUUUGAAACUUUUUGAGUACAUUGCUCUAUAACUCUUCAGAGAGAUGCCUGGAUCACACUCUGGAAUUAUUUAAAUGUAGCUAUUUAGCUCUGUGAUUAAUAAAAUGCUACAUGAAUCCAUAACAUUUUGUAAUUUAUUUUUUGUUGUUGAAUUUGGCAUUGUUUUAAAUGAAGGGUGUACCUGAAAAGGUACUGCAGCUGAAUAGAAGGCUGAACUCACUGUGAUUUAGAAAUAAACUUUGAGCCUUAUGGUUUAUGCCUAAAAUAGGCAUUUUUGUAAAAACAUUUUUAGGGAUGUACUAUAUUCUGGAAUAGAAUUCAGAGAACUGAGAAACUUUUUAUGGUAGUCAGAUAUGUACCAAAAUUUUAGAAUUGUAGUAAUUUGCAACCACAUGGGGUAUGGUAAAUAAAUGGAAGAGCAUAUUUGCUAAUUACAUUUUCCUGUAAGAAAGAUUAUUCAGCCAUGCAUUCUUCUUUUUUUUUUUUAAUCAUCAGGAAUUGACCCUCGUGCUAAUUUUUUAUUAUUCAAGUUUUAUAGCUUUCUGUAUCAAUCAGAAUAUUUGGAAAAGUUUUAUAUUUAUCAAAGACUUCCUCAUGUUCCCACAAAGUACAUCCCUACAUAGAAUGUCUCAGUACUUAAUGUAAUAUUUAUAAUAUGUUAAUGUAUGCAAAGUCUAGAAGAAAAUACUGUGGCAUAUACUGUUGCAACACUGGCUUGUUGGUCUAAAAUAAUUUCUUUUAAUAAAUCAUUUUUAAAAAUCA